UUUAACCUGGGAAACAACAAGUAUACAAAUUUUUGCAAAAAACCCGCUGCAAUUCAGUAUUUAUUUGGUCUCUUUGCAUGCUCCAAUAGGAGAAAUUGAUCUUGGUUUAUCGCUGGGGUUUUGCAGGGAUAUAUCCAAUAGCUAUCUCACAGUGGACUAUUUAUUGGACAGACACUGGGAUAGACUUCAUUUCUUACAGGUUGAGUUGUAACUUGAGGUAAAUAAUAGAAAAUUUGAGAGGAGAGGAAGCUUUCUAUGCUGUGAUUGGCUGGUUCACAACCAUGUGAUUACCUCAUUCUGAGAGAAAGCCGAGCAAGAUUAGUAGAGGAAAUUGACGUGAAACCUGACCUUUCCUGGUAGCCAAUUCCCUAGUAUACAAAUUAUGACCAACAAACCCUGCAGAAGAAUUCCCUGACUCCCUAUCACAUUUCGGAAUAAUUUCCGCCUUCCAUCAUACCCCUGGUAACUGUGACAUGUUCUAGGUGCUCAGCCAAAUCAUUACAAACACUCAGUAUUGUUGAGACUUGCAUAGUCCAUCAAAAAUUGGCCCCCUGAAGUGCAACAAAGAAAAAAGAAAACGAAAAAAAAAACCCAGCUUCUUGUGAUAAUUACUAGCCCUUUUAUGACCUUUUAUUGAACUGAAGACAAUUGAUCAUCAUCAAAGAAUUAUUUGUAGAAGGAAACGGUGAAAAAGAAAUUACUGCAUUUGGAAACUGAACAGUUUGUCUUGAAUUUACAACUGGAGUGUGAAGUGUCUGUAAUCUGGAAUCAACAACUGACGAAUUUGUUUUCUGGCUCCACUAACUACAUAGUUACCAUUUAUAUUAACAAUUUUAAUUAACACCUGUGACAUAAUAAUAAGAAGGGUAUUUCUUAGAAAACACCCAGAAGAUUAACAUAAUAACCAUUACAAAGACCAGACAGGAAAAAUCAUUUACACCAGCUAGAAUAACGACUAGCUGCCGUAUCAGUGGAGGAAUUCGUCUUACUUAAAAGUGUGUUUGAUGGUAAAAUUAAUGUCCACUUAACUACGCUUUUGGAAGGGAAUGCUACAUGACAUAAUGAAUACGUCAGAUCUUGUGACACUGGGGUUAUCAACCCCUUCUACAACAACAGAAAUCACCAACAUCUUGCAGUUCAAUCGAAACUACAUGAAAUACCAUGGUUACAUCAGUUCCGUCAUAUGUCUUUUUGGAGUCAUGUCUAAUAUCGUCAACAUCAUCGUCUUGACCCGACGACAUAUGGUGACACCCACAAACUGUAUCCUUACGGCGCUGGCAAUUACAGACAUGGCAACAAUGUCAAUUUACUUUGUGUAUGCAGUGUAUUUCUACAUUAUAACUCAGCCUCUUGACAGUUACGAACACAGCAAAGGAUGGAUGUAUUUUGUUGUUGUCAACAAUUUGGCAGUUAUUACGUUUCACAAUAUGGCUAUGUGGUUGACUGUCUCUUUGGCAGUUUUCAGGUACAUCUUUGUUUGUCACCAUGUGGUGGCUAACCAGUGGUGUAGCCUGGAUAGAGCCAAAUUAACCAUCUUCAUCAUUGUGGUAGUGUCCAUUCUGGUCUGUGUCCCAAAUUACUUCCUGUAUCAAGUUAAAGAUCUCAAAGAUUUUUAUACAGAGGACAGCAACAGAACAAACAAUGCUACCGCAAACUGGAGGGGGUACUGGAUAGAAAAGAGUGAAUUCAUCCAGAAAAAUCCACUGUAUCAGCCAAUCACGUUCUGGAUCUAUGGUGUGAUUAUCAAAAUAGCCCCAUGUAUCUUACUGACGAUUUUAAGUACAUUGAUAAUCAUGACCAUGCAUCAGGCAAGCAUACGCCGUAAACGUCUGCUGUCUCAGUCCAACAGCCGACACAACGAGGAAAUGUCAGCGGAACACAACCGCACGACUAUGAUGCUGGUGAUGGUGGUCCUGUUUUUUGUGGUGACCGAAUUCCCUCAGGGAAUUCUGGCGGGAAUAAGUGGCCUCAACGAUACGUUCUUUAACCAGGUGUACUCCAACCUUGGGGAUGUGAUGGACCUUCUAGUCCUCAUCAACAGUGCCAUAAACUUCCUGUUGUAUUGUAUUAUGAGUCAGCAGUUUAGGGACACAUUUAAGAACUUGUUUUUGUGUUCUUUUGUUAGAAACUUUAACAACGGAAAUAUUACAUUAAAGAAUGGGAUUCAUAAUAAUCACUAUAGCUCAGUCAAGACAGAAGUGACUCAAGUUUAAUAUGUAAUAGAAAAUAUCUAAACUAAAGCUUUUGUGGUAACAAAGGUCCUUCAUUACAUAAAAAUGGAAAGAGUCUGUUUUUGACAGACUUCUAUUUCCAAAUAAAAUUGUACAGCUUUAGGUAUUCUCAUCAAAUCAAAAAAAGGGUUUUUUUUUCUUUGCUGGAAUUUGUCAAAAUAAUUGUUUGGUUAUCAAACAAGAUUCAACAUGUCAAAAGCUUAAGUUAUUAAACAUCAUCAUUGCACUUUUAACACUGGCUCAGUUUACUAGCUUUGCUCUGUAGCUAUGGCAACUGAUGAAAGUUACACAGGUUAUCAUGGUAAUUACACAAAUUGUUUCCUAGGACUGUACGUCUUUUAAAUCAAUUUCUUUUGGUGUAAUUAUCAUUGUAACAUUUAUUCUGAAGCUGAAAUUCGGGUCCCAAAUGUGUGUAACUUUCCUCCUGUACAUUGCCAUUGGGUAUCAUUACAUUAUUAUAUUUACUUUGUGUGUUUAUUCAUAUAUCUACCACUGUAUAGUAUUAUCAACAUUAAUUGUUAUUUUAUGUAUGUGAAUUCAUUUAAA